AUGUCACUUGGCCCCUUGCCGUCUCGGAGCCACGAUGGCAGCAGCAAGGCUGUUUUUCUCGUGGCCUGGUGCACACUGGCGGUGGUGCGCGCAACGUCCGGAGUGUGCUCAUGGGGGUCGAAAACCGCCUUGCUCUACGUCCAGGCGUCGUGCUUGGCAGACAGCACUGGCGAGACGAUUGUGAUUCCGGGGCAGUCGACGUUGCUCGUGCGCUUGAAGUUUUGGGGUCGACGCGACGCACGAGAUGCGCCGUACUUUACACACAGCGAUCGGCUCCUUGACGUCUUUGCGUUUGGGAUUCCGUACACGACCGAGGUGACGCAGCAAAAGAGCUUUAGCGUCGCCCAGCGCCCGAAACUCCUCGAGUUGGCGUUGUAUCGCGACGCGAGCCACACAGAAAGCGAAUAA